GAAAAAAGAAAAGAGGAAGAGUCUAGAAUCGGGAAAGAGGUGGGAAAAGGAGGAGAUUUGGCCAAGCCAUGACCUAGACCUUGAACACCCAACAAAUUUUUCGAUGGAAUUUCCCUCUUAUCAUUGUCCAUUUUCAUCUCUAAUAGCAUUCCCUCACCCUUAAUUGUCCAUAACCAAUUGAUUCACCGCAAUCUCCACCUGAAAACACUAAAAUUGAAGGAGAGAGUUGUGUGGCUGUCAUAUUUUCCCCUCCAAUUUCUAGUGCAGCCCACUCCACUCUCAUCACUAUAUGUACCAAUGAAACCUCUCUAGCCAUUAGUUCAAGUGAAAGAGAAGAUAGAAGGGAAAAGUGGAGGAGUACGAAGACAGGGAGAGGCAAGAGGAAAAUUUCUGCAACAACACUCCACCAAAGAUUUGGUUAAAUUCUCAACAUAAGGAACCCAUCUAAGUCAAGGGAAGUGAGGGGGAAAUUCCAAAACUCAACUCAGAUUGGAUGAUUUCCUUAACCCAAUUGUUACAUAUGUUCUAAAUUUGAAGGACUGUUGUGUCACAUUACCAUCUUCAAACCCAGUUGCAAGACCCUUCUUUUAUCACUUAUCAUGGCUUCUACUUCUUCAACCCGUCCUAGCUAUGAUGUUUUUAUUAGCUAUAGAGGCAAAGAUAUUUGAGAUGGUUUUGUCUCUCAUCUCUUUAAUGCUUUCCAGCAAAAAAAAAUCAAUACCUUCUUGGAUGAAAACCUUUGUAAAGGAGAAGAGAUCUCACCAGCUCUCUUGGCAGCAAUUGAAGAAUCAUCUGUCUCAGUGGUGAUUUUCUCUGAUAAUUAUGCCGAUUCCUCAUGAUCCGACCGAUGUUCAAGAGCUGACUGGGAAUUUUGGGAAGGCAUUUACUAUUGCUAAGCAUGGAGAAGAACUCAAAGGUUGUUUAGACAGGGUGGAACAAUGGUGCCAUGCUUUGAUGGAAAUAAGCAUUAUAACAGAAUGGGAUUCACGGAAUUUCAAGUCUGAAUCCAAACUAGUUGAGGAAAUAGUCAAUGAUGUUUGUGAGAAAUUAAGUUACUUCUCUUCAAGUGAUUUUUACAUUGACAACUUAGUUGGAAUUGAGUCACCUGUAAUGAAAGUGGAAUCCUUAUUAAGUAUUGAAUCAACAAAUAAUAAAAGAGUCAUAGGAAUUUGGGGUAUGGGAGGUAUUGGUAAGACAACUAUUGCCAAUGAAGUAUAUAGUCGAAUUAUGACUAAAUUUGAUAGUUACUGUUUUGUUGAUAAUGUCAAAGAGCAGAUGAGAAAAUGAAUAGCAAUUGCUUUACGAGAUAAAAUCAUUGAGCAAUUGUUAGGAGAAAAAAAUUUAUGUAUAAACACACCUCAGUUACCUGCUUUCAUUAAGAGAAGACUUCGUAGUAAAAAGGUUGUCAUUGCUUUUGAUGAUGUGGAUGAUCCAAACCUUUUAAAUCUUUUAGCAGGAGAUUGUGAUUUGUAUCAUAAUGGAAGUAGAAUCAUUGUAACUAGCAGAGAUAGGCAUCUGCUUAAAAGUGUUUGUGAUGAGGAUUAUAUAUACGAGGUUGAAAAAUUAAUUGAUGAUGAAGCUCUUUGUCUCUUUA